CGUUAGCGUAUGUCCGUUUUCUCUUAUAAAAAAUGUAUACGUAAAAAGGGGGAAAUAUCGUUUAACUACUUGUUAAAUCAAAUAAAAUUCGCUUAUACAAAAAAAUUAGAUUAAAAGUAUCAAAUAUAUUGCACGAAAAGCACUAAGCAGUUUCUUAACCAAGACCUUAGUAUUGACUGCAUUCAUCGGGCAUUGUUGCUUGAUAAGCUGUAAAUAAGCAAACCCAUAUGUUUACGAUUAAUAGUGGAAAACGAACUGGGUAUGCCGAUUUCUAACAUCCCGCAGAUUUGAGGAUUCGGAACAAAUAGGAUUUGAGCUCAUCCAUCAUGAGAACCACCGACUUUUUCAUGGAAAAGAUGUUUAUGUAAAUUAUAAGUCUAAAUUACAGUAUUAGCAAAAUGGACAGCAAGAAUGAUAUUCCUGUUCAUCUACCCAUGUAUUAUUUGGGUCUCAUCCCAAGCAAAAUAGCAAACACUGUGGAGGCUCUUGUACUUAAGGAUGAAGGACUGUAUCGGUAUGUUGAGGAGGGAAGUCGUCAAAUGAGUAAUUUUUCCACAAAUGAUGGUGAUGGAAGAGUCUUAGAUAAUGUUAAAAUAAUAAACCAUAACAGUGAAAAUGGUAAUAUUGAAGAAGUUGAAGUUGAUGUGGAUGUUGAUAUCAAUAGUGACACUUCAAGAGGUGAUUUGAUAGAUGACAGUUCAACCCAUUCAACAAGUAUUACCUUAGAAAGCAACAUCGAAGACUUUCUGAAACAUCAGGUCUCUUCUAGCAAGGGUAAAGGGCAGUUUUAUUGUCGAAUUUGUUUCAGGAGGUUUACACAACAAGUAAACCUAGCAACACAUGAACGAAUUCAUACAGGUGAACGUCCAUUCCGAUGUGAAAUCUGUCUUAAGGCAUUUACCCAGCAGUCUAAUUUGUGGAAACAUGUGCGUACACAUACAGGUGAACGUCCUUUUCGAUGUACUGUGUGCUCAAAGGCAUUUGCUCAGCAGGCUAAUCUCUCAAAGCAUCAGCGUAUACACACAGGAGAGCGACCAUAUAGCUGUAACUAUUGCCCAAAAGCAUUCUCACAACGAGCCAAUUUACUUAAACAUGAACGUACACAUACAGGUGAGAGACCGUUUUGCUGUCGGUUCUGUUGCAAAGCAUUUGCUCAGCAGAGUAAUCUGGAUAAGCAUGAGCGGGUGCAUACAGGCAUCAAACCAUAUUCCUGUAAGCAGUGUUUAAAGAAGUUCACACAGCAGAGCAACUUGACAAAACAUGAAGCUGUUCAUUCUAAAGAGAAACCAUUUUCUUGUAGGAGUUGCCACAAAUCUUAUACUCAGAAAAGUAAUCUGCAAAAACAUGAAAAGAAAUGUAAGAAGAAAACAUGAAUAUGUGGUGUCUCCUUUGAAAUCAGGGAACUUAUUGCAGAAGCGCGUGUGCCAGUUUUAUUACUCCACAGUUCUAUCGACUAAUUUCUCCUCUAGUUCUAGACGUUUAUGUAACUUGGCUUGUACCCAUACAACUUAACCUUUAAAAUUUUCUUACAAUUAUUUUUCUCCAGAAAGGAAAGGAAGUUACUAUAAUGAUACAUUGCUUCUGUGUAACUGGAAUAACGGCAAUGAACUCAUCAUACUUGAUGAAACUUCUUCGAUCAACUGCAAUGCUAAACCGUGAGCAUCACAAAUUUGUUAAACAGUUUGACUGAUCAGACAUGCAAAAAAACAUUAACAUGCAAUUUUGUAUCACAGCAUUGCAUUGUGUGAGAAUGUUUAAGUUGGAUAUUCUUGUAGCAGGUCAGCUACUUAAACAACUGCAUUUUGAUGGCAGUUUAUUGAACUGCGGAAUAAAUUUCAAUAGUAAUAGUAUACCCUGUCUGGAACUGUGCUCUGACGAGUCUUAUCAGGAAUCUAAUCGUUAUGUUUGAGUUGUAUUAUACACAAGCUGGUGCUGCAUUCUGAUGGUAGUCAUAGUCCUGCUCUUCAAUACAUAAUUGGUUUUAUCACCUGAACAAUAUUCCUCUAUUCAAUACACAUUCCGAAAUUAACAAUAACCAAUACAAAACUCUAUUUUCUACGUAUAUAAAGAUGCGCCUAUAAUGUUCUGGCUAUAGACAGGCCAUUUAUCAUUACAGCUAGGUGUAUGACUACCUUUAUAAUUCUCAAUGCUGCAACUUGGAAUGCUGAAUCUGCUUACUUCUAGGGUCACUGCCUGAGAAAUACAUACUUUCGGGUAUUAUUUCAA